GGCGACGGGACUUGACGGUGCGGCUUUGAGAGUCUCUACGCAUCUGAGAACUCCGAGACUGGGUGUCGGGGUGGACUGUGACGUCUGUGACUGCUGAAGAAUUCGAGGCUCCGCUGUAUUGGUGCUGCCGCGCCUCCGGUGGACCUUCUCUCUGCGGAUCAGGCGGGUGAGAGAGUCUUCUGCUGACAAGUGAAAGCCUCUGUGUGGCUACUGGCAUCGACAGUCUACAAUAUGUUGCGAUCGUACGUGGGAUCGAGCGGGCGGGCUGUCGGGUUGCGGCAGCCUCGUCUGGCGAAGCCGUUGUACUGUUCGACGCGUCUGGAAUUUCUACGAAGAGCCGCUUCGACGGUGACCAGCCUCGACAGCUUCCCCAACAUCGGGGAGAAGAUCCAGGGCUUCACGGUGCAGGAGAAGAAGCACGUUCCGGAGUUGCACCUCACUGCCGUUCGGUUAAAGCACGACAGAACCGAUGCAGAUUACUUGCACGUGGCGAGGGAAGACAAGAACAAUGUGUUUGGGAUUGGGUUCAAGACGAACCCUCCGGAUGCCACAGGUGUGCCGCACAUCCUGGAGCAUACGACACUGUGUGGGAGUGAGAAGUACCCCAUCCGGGACCCCUUCUUCAAGAUGCUUCCGCGGUCUCUCUCCAACUUCAUGAACGCCUUCACUUCGUCAGACCACACGACGUAUCCGUUUGCCACGACGAACCAACAGGACUUCCAGAACCUCCUAUCGGUAUAUCUCGAUGCCACGCUGCACCCGCUGCUCAAGGAGGAAGACUUUCGGCAAGAGGGGUGGAGAUUGGGGCCGGAAGACCCUCGUGCGUUGCUGGCCUCGGACGGCCCGGCGGAGGGCAGUCGCCAACCGGACGACGUCGUGUUCAAGGGUGUCGUCUACAAUGAAAUGAAGGGACAGAUGUCAGAUGCAAACUAUUUGUAUUACAUCCGAUUCAAGGAGAAUAUCUUUCCGGCGAUCAACAACUCUGGGGGAGACCCAGAGUAUAUAACCGAUCUGACCCACCAGCAGCUUGUCGACUUUUCGAAACGCAACUACCACCCGAGCAACGCCAAGAUUGUGACGUACGGUGAUAUGCCGCUUGAGGGUCACCUGAAGCAGAUCGGUGCGGUUUUGGACGGGUUCGAAAAGGGAAUGGCCGAUACAGAUGUGAAGACCCCUCUGGACCUAAGCCAAGGUCCGGUGAAUAUCACUGUCAGCGGUCCAGUCGACACUUUUGCCCCCGAAGACAAACAAUUCAAAACCUCAACCUCCUGGUAUAUGGGUAACUCCACCGACGUCGUCGAAACCUUUUCGGUCGGAAUUCUAUCCUCCUUGCUUCUAGAUGGCUAUGGUUCUCCUAUGUACCGGGCCUUGAUCGAGAGCGGAUUAGGGUCAUCUUUCACUCCCAACACUGGGCUCGACUCCUCCGCAAAGAUCCCAAUCUUCUCUGUCGGGUUGAAUGGCGUGAGCGAGGCGGAGGUACCUGCUGUCAAAGCGGCCAUCCAGGAAGUCUUUGAAGAAUCCCUCGCCACCGGGUUUAGCGAUGAGAAGGUGCAGGGCUUCCUUCACCAGUUGGAGCUUGCGUUGAGACACAAAACAUCGAACUUUGGAAUCGGUGUCAUGGAGAAGACGAUCUCCACAUGGUUCAAUGGCACGGACCCCAUGAAAGAACUUUCCUGGAACGAGGUUGUCGACGAGUUCAAAAGCCGAUACAGCCAGGGUGGAUACCUGGAAUCUUUGAUGCACAAGUAUCUGAUGAACGACCAUUCCCUGACCUUCACCAUGGCUGGAUCACCCACUUUCAACAAAGAGCUGGAUGAGAAAGAGAUGAUCCGUAAGGACAAGAAGAUGGCUCAGCUCAUCGAGCAGCAUGGGUCUGCGGAACAGGCAAUCGCAAAGCUUCAAGAGGAAGAACUGCAGCUUCUCAAGAUCCAGGAAGACGCGCACAAUGCCGAUCUGAGCUGUCUUCCCUCCUUGAAAGUGAAGGAUAUUAGCAGAGAGAAGGAACGCAAGCAGGUGAGGGAAUCGAAGGUCGACGAUGUUGAUGUCGUUUGGCGCGAAGCACCCACCAACGGCCUCACCUACUUCCAAGCCUUGAAUGUUUUCAAGGAUCUGCCCGAUGACCUCCGGUUGCUCAUGCCAUUGUUCAACGACUGUGUGAUGCGGCUUGGCACUGCGAAUCGGUCCAUGGAGCAAUGGGAGGAUCUCAUCAAGCUCAAGACUGGCGGGGUCUCCAGCUCAUCCUUCCAUAUUUCAUCACCGACUGAGGUGGGCCAAUUCAGCGAGGGUCUUCAGUUUUCGGGAUAUGCCUUAGAUAAGAACAUCCCCGAAAUGCUGGACAUCUUGUCCGCCCUGAUCACUGAGACCGAUUUCACUGGCCCCUCUGCUCCAGGGAUGAUUCAGGAGCUGCUCCGACUAACCACCAACGGGGCGCUUGACGCAGUGGCCGGCACAGGGCACCGAUAUGCCGUCAACGCUGCGGCCGCCAACCUAUCCCGUAGUUUCUGGGUGCAGGAACAACAGGCUGGUCUGGCGCAGCUGCAGGCGACGGCCAAUCUUCUCCGUGACGCGGAGUCUUCGCCGGAACGUCUCCAAGAACUGAUUGAAAAACUUCGUGUGAUCCAGUCGUUUGCCAUCUCGAAGGCGUCUAGCCUGCGUGUCCGUUUUGUUUGUGAAGCGAGCAGCGCUUCGCAGAAUGAGUCGGUGCUCCAAAAGUGGCUUGUGGGACUGCCACGGUCCUCGCUGCCAACACCAUCCAGCUCUAGUCCCUUCCAGGCCAAUGCCCUCUCUGAUCGAUUCUUUUAUGAUCUGCCUUACAAGGUGUACUACUCCGGCCUUGCAAUGCAGACGGUUCCGUUCGUCGACCCAUCCAGCGCGCGCCUCAGCGUCCUCUCCCAACUCCUCACGCACAACUACCUUCACCCGGAAAUCCGCGAAAAGGGAGGCGCAUAUGGUGCCAGCGCUAGCAAUGGCCCUAUCAAGGGAAUUUUCACCCUUUCCAGCUACAGAGAUCCAAACCCGCUCAACACGCUCAAGGUUUUCAGUAAUUCGGGCGUGUUUGCUAGAGAUCGUGCCUGGUCGGAGCGGGAGUUGGAUGAGGCAAAGCUGGGCAUCUUCCAGGCCCUGGACGCCCCGAUGAGCGUGGACGAAGAAGGCUCACGCUACUUCAUGAGCGGUGUUACCCAUGAAAUGGAUCAGCGCUGGAGAGAACAAGUGCUUGACGUCACCGCCAAAGAUGUCAACGAGGUCGCCCAGAAGUUCCUGGUUGAGAGUUCUCGCCAGGCCAUCUGUAUCCUCGGCGAAAGAAAAGAAUGGACCGAUUCUGACGGUUGGGAUGUGCGCAAGCUUUCGAUGAAUCCCACGGAGGCUAGCCCAGAACCUGCCGACAUGGCUGCCACUGCUUGAGGGCAGGCCGUGGAAACGCUGUACGAUAGAUGGUAUACCCGUGGAUUUUGGCAUAAACGUUGUACAAUAUGAUAUGGCAGGGAUACAUAGACGGCUGUACAAUAAU